AUGACAAACACGGGCUUCAUCCGUCCGCCGCCAGAACACCUCGUCCAGGACGACUUGACCCUGCGAAGAUGGCAGCUCUCCGACGCGCGGCCUCUCUACGCAGCGGCGAGCAACUCGGCCGCCGAGCUGGCUCGGUGGAUGCCGUGGGCUGCCGACGGAUAUACGCUCGCAAAGGCCCGGCAGUUCCUCGACUCUACGACCCGAGCAUGGCAGAAGGGCGAGGCGUACGACUUUGCCGUCAUCGUCGACGGCCGCAUCAGCGGCUCGUUUGGGCUCAUGGCACCGGCUACCAAGGCGCCCGGCACCCUCGAGAUUGGCUACUGGCUCGCCGACGAAGCCACCGGCCGCGGAUUCGCGACUCGCGCCGCGUCGCUUCUGGCCACCACGGCCUUUGACAUGGGCGCCGGCCAUGUUCAAAUCAGGCACCAUCAGCUCAACCAUCGAAGCGCCGCAAUUCCCCGCCGUCUGGGCUUCAGGUCUCUGGGUCUUCAGAGUCUCGCUGCCGGCGAGCGUGGCGGAGAGGGCGUGUCUUGGUUGUGGCAAAAGGAUGUCGACGACGAGCCAAGAGCCUGCGUCGACACCAUUUGA